CCGGGGCCGCUCCCGCGCAGGGCGCCCGCGGCUCCGCGGCCCGCCGGGGCGAGGCGAGGCGGGAGGAGCAAGAAGAGAGAGAGAAGCAGAGGAGGCCCAGGCCGCCUGGCGCUCCUGCUUCCCCCCGGCCCGCGCUUUGUCCGCGGCAGCCGCCGCCAGCGCGGAUGCGAGAGCCGCUGUGCAAGGAGGAAUAUUUAUUUGUUGGCUCAUCAGUGUUGAAACCAGUGUUGAGUGUUGAAACCAGCAAGCUGUGCAGGUGGAACACAUGGUGUUUGAGCACACAACCACAAUCAGCAUAUCUGUAUUCCAGUUUCCCUUGGGCUAUUAAACCCUGAGACAUCUGGUGGCAAAUACUGAGCUCAGGAUUGGUACUGGCCUUUCAGUCAGAUGGAGACUUUGGAGGAAAACAGCAAUCUCCUUGGUUUGCAGGCAGACAACAACAUGGAGCAGCCAUUCACUGUCAGCUCAUUGAGAAAGCUGGUGGCUAUUCCUGACCACACAGACAUCUCAGUGAGCCCGGAGGAGCGGGUGCGUGCCCUGAGCAAGCUGGGCAGCAACAUCAGCAUCAACGAGGACAUCACCCCGCGGCGGUACUUCCGCUCGGGGGUGGAGAUGGAGCGCAUGGCCGCCGUCUACAUGGAGGAGGGCAACCUCGAGAACGCCUUCGUCUUCUACAACAAGUUCAUCACGUUGUUUGUAGAAAAGCUGCCCAGUCACCGAGACUAUCACCAAUGUGCAGUACCAGAAAAACAAGAUAUUAUUAAGAAAUUGAAGGAGGUUGCAUUCCCACGGACAGACGAACUGAAAAGAGAUCUUUUAAAAAAAUAUAACUUAGAAUAUCAAGAAUACAUGCAACACAAAAACAAAUGUAAAACUGAAUUUCUGAAGAAACUGGAGCACCAAAAGCUAAUAGAGGCAGAGAAGAAACGAAUCGCACACAUGCGGCAGCAGCAGCUCGAAUCAGAGCAGUUUCAGUUCUUUGAGGAUCAACUUAAGAAGCAAGAGCUGGCUCGAGAUCAGAAAAUCAAAGAGAGUGUGGUUAUGUCUGAACAGAUAGAUGGAAGUAUGCUGUCUUGUGUUUCUGUACCAGAGAACAGCUCCUUAUCUGCAGCACUGCUGGAGAAAAAGGAGAGGCGCGGCACCUCUGGCUGUGCUGGACAUUCGCCGCCCAUGGAACGGGUCUUAAAGCCAGCAGCUACUCUAAGUGCUGUUCAGACUCAAUUGGCCGAAGCACUCAGAGGUGUCAUUUUGCCCAGGGAUCUCUGUCACAAAUUUCUGCUGCUGGCAGAGGCAAAUACAGUAAGAGGAAUAGAGACAUGUGGAAUUCUCUGUGGAAAACUGACUCAUAAUGAAUUUACUAUUACACAUGUAAUAGUGCCAAAGCAAACUGCAGGACCAGACUACUGUGACAUGGAGAAUGUGGAAGAAUUAUUUGGUAUUCAGGAUCAGUAUGAUCUCCUCACUUUGGGUUGGAUCCAUACACAUCCAACACAAACUGCAUUCUUAUCCAGUGUUGAUCUCCAUACUCAUUGUUCUUAUCAGCUGAUGUUGCCAGAGGCCAUUGCAAUUGUUUGUUCACCAAAGCAUAAUGACACUGGCAUCUUCAGACUGACUAAUGCUGGCAUGCUAGAAGUUUCUGCUUGUAAAAAGAAGGGAUUCCAUCCUCAUACAAAGGACCCUAGGUUAUUUAAUCCAUGUACCCAUGUGGUUGGGAAAGACAUAAAGAUAAUCGUGCUGGAUCUGAGGUGAUACGGAUGGACCACAACAAUGUACUCUACAAAAGGCCAAAAGAGAAAAAUGGAUUCUUGUUUUUUCCUACAUUUUCAGAAAUUACUUUUAUAUUUAUACAUUUUAGAUUGAAUGGUUUGAUAUUUAUUGCUCUAGCCUGUUUUGGAGUUAUUUUGUUGCUCUGUUAAGAUGGAGUUCAGUGGCAUUAACCCUGAAUCUGUAAACAAAUCUCACCCAUAAAACACAACAAUAAAAUGAACUUCAAACUACA